AGGCUUUAGGGAGGGAAAUACCACAUCGGGUAACACUAUGGCUUGUUGAAUAAGUUUCAGUUGGUAGGGUUCAGACGCUGCGCUAAGCCAAAAUCAGUGUGUUCAGUAUUAGAGCUCAAGGCAGUGUGUAAACCCAACCAAAGAAAAAGUACUAAGUAAGAAUGGACCUAAGCUCUAUUUAUCAAACCUCUCAUCUGAGGAUUUUAGGCAGCCCUUUGAACAUAAGAAGAAUCUUCCUGGGUCAUGUGAAGGGCUAUUCUGGUUAGGCCUGUCACAGCAACCACCACAUGCUUCAAGGAGGCUCAGAGCAACUUCAUGCUUCUUGGGUCCAAGAUCUGAUAUUUCCUGGUAUAUUUCCUUUGAGCCCAAAGGCAUUUUAAUAAUUAGCCAUAGAUAGUUUCUGUCUUCUGUCCAUCUGUUUGACUCUCUUCCCAUGCUAUCCUUUCUAUGACCAUGGCCACAGCGUGAGGCAAUAAAAUCCACCAGCCAAUUAUCCUUUGCGUGCAGAUGUUCUGUGCUGUGACAGUUUUGAAUCGUGCAUUUGGAAUGUCACCAGGAUGGGUGAGAUAAACAAUUGGGGGAAUGCUACUUCCUUGUGAAAAAAUGCCUUUUCUAUGUGGCCAGCUUAUUCCAUAGAUGUUGCUUGCAUUUUAAAGGCAGAAUGGAGUUUUUCUUUCGGUAGCAGAGCAUUGGAGCAUUUAGGAGGAGACCUGUGCUAAGGUCAAAAGCAGUAAAGCAUAUUUCAUUGUUCAUGUUAAUUAAUUUCUGUUCAUUGUUUGGAAUGUCAUAGGGUCUCCUGCUUGAGCAGGAAGUUGGACUAGAAGACCCCCAAGGUCCCUUCCAACUGUUUUAUACUGUUAACCUGUCUAAAAUAGGGAUACGCAGGAACAGAAAAGAGGCUGAACUCCUAUUUGGUACGGCUGUGCAUGCUUUGAAAACGAUUUAGAAUAAAUGCUUUGGAUUUCAUGUGAGUACAGCAACCUCUCUGCUGUUAAUUAAAUCUGGAAUUUUUCAAUCUUCCAUGAAAUCUGGGAUGUGAGAAGGGGGAGAUGCUUGCGGCUGCUUGGAUAGCCAGCUUUAAUAAAUCAGGUCCUUAAAGCAGUAUUUUUUUUUCCCCCUGAGGUUCAUGCAGAAGUCUGAAUGGGACAGGAAGCUUUAAUGAAUAGCAGAGAUGUCUCUGAAGUCCAAACCUCAUUUUCCAAUCAGUUUGGAAGCAUGCACGGUCCUAUUGCUCUAUACUGAGAUGAUGUUUCCCCAUAUUUCAAGACAGAGCCAGUGCGCACUCAAGUUCAUCUAGAGGGAAAUCGUUUGGUGCUCACCUGCAUGGCAGAAGGGAGUUGGCCUUUGGAAUUCAAAUGGCUACAUGACAACAGAGAGUUAACCAAGUUCUCACUCGAAUACAGGUACAUGAUCACAUCCCUAGACCGAACACAUGCCGGCUUCUACCGCUGCAUUGUGCGCAAUCGCAUGGGGGCCCUGCUGCAAAGACAGACUGAAGUACAAGUGGCAUACAUGGGAAGCUUUGAAGAGAAAGAGAAGCAGCAGAGCGUCUCACAUGGUGAAGCCGCCGUCAUCCGUGCUCCCCGCAUUGCCAGUUUCCCUCGUCCACAGGUCACGUGGUUCCGCGAUGGGCGUAAAAUCCCUCCCAGCAGUCGCAUAGCUAUCACACUGGAAAACACACUGGUGAUCUUGUCGACUGUGGCCCCUGAUGCGGGAAGGUACUAUGUGCAAGCUGUAAAUGACAAGAAUGGGGACAAUAAAACCAGCCAGCCCAUCAUGCUCACUGUGGAGAAUGUAGGCGGUCCAGCUGACCCCAUUGCACCAACCAUCAUCAUUCCACCCCGCAAUACUAGCGUAAUCUCUGGGACUUCUGAAGUGACUCUGGAGUGUGUGGCCAAUGCUAGGCCACUCAUCAAACUACACAUCAUCUGGAAGAAAGGUGGGAUUCCAGUAUCCAGUGGCAUCAGUGACUACAACCGGCGGUUGACCAUCCUUAAUCCCUCCCUAAGCGACAGUGGCUACUAUGAGUGUGAAGCUGUGUUGCGCAGUAGCAGCGUACCCUCUGUGGUUCGAGGAGCUUAUCUCUCUGUGCUGGAACCACCCCAGUUCACCAAGGAACCAGAAAGACACAUUACAGCUGAGAUGGAAAAAGUAGUACAGAUUCCAUGCCAAGCUAAAGGUGUGCCUCCACCCAGCAUGUUCUGGUACAAGGAUGCAGUACUACUUGGAAUGGAGAAGCUUGCCCGUUUCAAGCUGCUUGCCAAUGGGAGCCUGCAGAUCAGUGGCCUAAUGCCAGAUGACACAGGGAUGUUCCAGUGUUUUGCCGGCAAUGCUGCUGGCGAGGUGCAGUCUUCCACAUACCUAGCUGUCACUAGCAUUGCACCCAACAUAACCAGAGGGCCCUUGGACAGCACAGUGAUUGAUGGAAUGGCUGUGGUUCUCAGCUGCGAGACGUCUGGAGCUCCCAGACCGGCUAUCACCUGGCAGAAAGGUGAGCGGAUCCUGGCCAGCGGUUCAGUGCAGCUUCCUCGUUUUACUUUGCUUGAGUCAGGAAGCCUUCUCAUCAGCCCUGCCCGGAUCUCGGACGCUGGCAGCUACACUUGUCUUGCUACUAACUCCCGUGGAGUCGACGAAGCCUCUGCAGAGCUUAUUGUCUGGGCCCGGACUCGUAUCACCAACCCACCUCAGGAUCAAAGUGUCAUCAAAGGCACCAAGGCUUCAAUGACCUGUGGAGUAACACAUGACCCCAAUGUGAUAGUUCGGUACAUGUGGGAGAAAGAUGGCACAAUUGUGAACACAGAGAACAUGCCACGCAUGCGUCUGGAGAGCACAGGCACUUUGCACAUUGCCCAGACCUGGUCAGGGGAUAUUGGCACCUAUACAUGUCAUGUGAUAUCUGCUGGAGGCAACGACUCUCACAGUGCCCACUUGCGAGUCCGGCAGCUCCCACAUGCACCAGAAAACCCCGUUGCCAGGCUAAGUACUGUAGAGAAACGGGCCAUCAACUUGACAUGGACCAAACCCUUUGACGGAAACAGCCCAUUGCUACGUUACAUCCUUGAGGUCUCCGAAAAUAAUGCUCCCUGGACAGUUCUUAUGGCCAGUGUGGAUCCUGAAGUAAAUUCAGUGCUGGUGAGAGGAUUAGUUCCUGCCCGCUCAUACCAGUUCCGCCUUUGUGCUGUUAACGAUGUGGGCAAAGGCCAGUUCAGCAAGGACACUGAGAGGUUGUCCCUUCCGGAGGAACCCCCCACAGCACCCCCACAAAAUGUCAUUGCCAGUGGUCGCACAAACCAAUCUAUCAUGAUCCAAUGGCAGCCACCACCUGAAAACCACCAGAAUGGCAUUCUCAAGGGAUACAUCAUUAGAUUUUGCCUGGCUGGUCUGCCAGUUGGCUACCAGUUCAGGAACAUUACAAAUGCUGACGUCAACAAUCUACUGCUUGAGGACCUAAUCAUUUGGACUAACUAUGAAAUUGAAGUGGCUGCCUACAACAGUGCUGGAUUGGGUGUCUACAGUGCCAGAGUCACAGAAUGGACUCUCCAGGGUGUUCCCACCGUGUCUCCGGGUAAUGUGCAGGCUGAGGCCACCAAUUCUACUACCAUUCGUUUCACCUGGAACCCUCCUAGCCCCCAAUUUGUUAACGGCAUCAACCAGGGCUACAAGCUGAUUGCCUGGGAACCGGUACAAGAAGAAGAUAUGACUAUGGUGACAGUACGGCCUAACUUCCAAGACAAUAUCCAUGUUGGUUAUAUCUCAGGUCUCAAGAAAUUCACAGAAUAUUUCACUUCAGUCCUGUGUUUCACUACUCCAGGCGAUGGACCUCGCAGCCCACCACAGCUGGUGCGCACCCAUGAGGACGUUCCCGGUCCAGUGGGACAUCUCAGCUUCAAUGAGAUCUUAGACACAUCUUUGAAGGUCAGCUGGCAAGAGCCCUUGGAAAAGAAUGGCAUCUUAACAGGCUACCGAAUCUCCUGGGAAGAAUACAAUCGCACAAACACACGUGUUACACACUACCUUCCCAAUGUCACCCUGGAGUAUCGGGUUACUGGCCUCACUGCUUUGACCACCUACACUAUUGAAGUGGCAGCCAUGACAUCCAAGGGACAAGGACAGGUGUCUUCCUCUACCAUUUCUUCUGGGGUUCCCCCAGAACUCCCUGGGGCCCCAUCUAACUUGGGCAUCUCCAACAUUGGUCCCCGUUCAGUCACACUUCAGUUUCGCCCUGGUUAUGAUGGGAAGACUUCCAUUUCCAGGUGGCAGGUAGAGGUUCAGAUGGGUCAGACUGGAGAGAGUGAAGAGUGGAUGCUAAUCCAUCAGGUUUCUAAUGAACCAGAUGCUCGGUCCAUGGAGGUGCCCAAUCUCAACCCCUACACAUAUUAUAGUUUCCGGAUGCGACAAGUGAACAUUGUGGGGACAAGUCCACCCAGCCCGUCUUCCCGCAGGAUCCAGACAUUGCAAGCUCCACCUGAUGUAUCUCCUGCCAAUAUUACAGUACGAACAGCCAGUGAAACCAGCCUCUGGCUACGAUGGAUGCCACUGCCAGAGAGUGAAUAUAAUGGCAGCCCUGAGUCGGUGGGCUACCGGUUGCGCUACUCACGUCUUGAUGGGCGCAGCCACACCCUGACCAACACCAUCCAUGACCGUGUGGAGCGUGAAUUCACCAUUGAGGACCUGGAGGAAUGGACUGAGUACCGUAUACAGGUGCAGGCCUUCAAUGCUGUCGGGCCAGGGCCAUGGAGUCAGACUGUAGUGGGGCGAACCCGGGAGUCAGUGCCUUCAUUCGGACCCACCAAUAUUUCAGCACUAGCUACCACUUCCACCUCUAUGCUAGUGCGGUGGAAUGAUAUCCCUGAAGCUGAUCGAAAUGGAUUUAUCCUGGGUUACAAGAUCAUGUAUAAGGAGAAAGAUUCAGAUUCAAGGGCCCAGUUCUGGUUAGUGGAAAGCAAUGCUUCUCGGAGUGCCCAGCUCAUAGGCUUGGGAAAAUAUGUCCUUUAUGAGAUCCGGGUGCUUGCUUUCACCCGCAUUGGUGAUGGAGUGCCCAGCAAUCCGCCUAUACUUGAGCGCACACUGGAUGAUGUGCCUGGGCCACCAGUAGGCAUUCUCUUCCCUGAAGUGAGGAUAACUUCUGUACGGCUAAUCUGGCAGCCUCCUUCUGCUCCCAAUGGUAUCAUUCUAGCAUACCAGAUCACUCACCGCCUCAACACUACAACUGCCAAUUCAGCCAACGUAGAAGUCCUCAGCCCCAGCGCACGCCAGUUUACUGCUACCAAUCUCAGACCGGAGUCCACCUAUCUCUUCCGUAUCACAGCGCAGACCCGAAAGGGCUGGGGUGAAGCUGCAGAGGCCUUAGUAGUCACUACGGAAAAGAGAGGUAAUUAGGGUGGGACAUAAGACAAUCCAGAAUUACAUUGUGAUAGAAAUUAGGUAUG